CAUAAAGGAUCUGAAAGUGCCAGUUUGUGAUAUAUAGAAUAUCAGAAAAGGGUGAUACCAUUUGAUUAUUUAAUGGUCAGGAUUGCAAAUUGUGCAAUUUGAGAAUAUAAGAUAAGACUCCGUGUCAUCAAACAAUACUGAAAAUGGCGGUGGAUGGAUUGGAUGCUGCUGUGCCGUGGAAGGCGUUCUCUGUUAACAAUUUUUUUUUUUUUUUACAAUAUUAUUCUUCAUGAUUUAGAUUCUCUCCUCUCUGGUCGAGUCUGGAAUUAUACUGAUACUAUUUCGCUCCAUGAAUUGACAUGAUAACUCUCUCUUCCCUCUCUAUAUAAAAUUCUCCUACCUUCCCAUGCAUGCAUAUACCUUCAUCUGAUCUCUCAAACUGCAGUGUCUCUCCUUAAUCCUGCAACCAAAUGAGUUAUGGAGGAUACGAGAACAAUUAUAUUUCAGUUGGACCAUGGGGAGGCCAGAAUGGAGUACGCUGGGAUGAUGGAAUUAGUAACAGUGUAAGACAAGUAAUAAUCUGCCAUGGAGCUGCAGUUGAUUCUAUCCAGUUUGAGUAUGACAAGAAGGGGACCUCCGUCUGGUCUGAGAAGCACGGUGGAACUGGUUGCAUCAAAAUUAAUAAGGUGAAGUUUGAUUAUCCAGAUGAAUAUCUUGUAUCUGUAAGCGGCCAUUAUGGUAGUGUGGUGGAGUACUAUGGUCCAGUACUUGUUCGAUCACUCAUGUUUCAAACCAACAGAAGAAAGUAUGGACCUUUUGGAAUUCAACAAGGAACCCAGUUCUCAUUUCCAUUGACUGGAGGCCAAGUAGUCGGUUUCCAUGGCCGGAGCAGUUGGUAUCUUGAUUCUAUUGGAGUUUACUUAAAGCCUUUCCUGCAACGAAUUACAUCCAAUGAUUUACCUGUUCAACAGAAUUAUGCAACAACUAGAAAUAACGAUAAAAGGAGAGAUUAUAGUGACUCUGAUGUCGAAAAAAAUUACCAGGUGGCCGUUGCGAAACCUGUGAACAAGAGACAGGCAGUAUCGUAUGGCCCUUGGGGCGGUAAUGGUGGAAUGAUAUUUGAUGACGGAGUUUAUACAGGCGUACGGGAAAUUCAUAUAACACGAUAUGGAGGUGUUCUUUCCCUAAGAGUUUGUUAUGAUCUGAGUGGCCAAGCAAUAUGGGGAAACAAGAAUGGUGGAAGUGGAGGAAUCAGAUUAGACAAGAUAGCUUUUGAUUAUCCGUCUGAAAUCUUGACGCAUGUAACUGGAUAUUAUGGCUCAACCAUCUUAAGAGGACCUACAGUUGUCAAAUCCUUGACAUUUCACACCAAUAAGAGGAAGUACGGGCCAUUUGGUGAUGAACAAGGGAUUUCUUUCUCCUCCGGACCAAACAAUGGAAUUGUUGUUGGGUUCCAUGGAAGAAAAGGAUGGUUCAUAGAUAGUAUUGGUGUCCACGUCGCAGAAAAGCCAAUACCCUUGAACACUAGUAACGAUCUCAAAGUACAUGAGGGUAAAAUCCCUUUAAUGGUGAAAGAACUAGUAUCUUCAUGGGCAUCGGGACCAUGGGGUGGGAAUGGAGGUAAGCCCUGGGAUGACGGGGUAUUCUCUGGGAUUAAAAAGAUUUUCUUGGCGAAGGGAGAAGCCAUUUAUUGUAUCCAAAUAGAGUAUGAUCGAAAUGGCCAAUCUGCUUGGUCAGUUAGGCAUGGAGGUGGCAGUGAAGGAAGCUCUCACUUGAUCAAACUUGAGUAUCCGCAUGAAACCCUUACUAGCAUAUGUGGUUAUUAUGGCUCUUUCACCGGAGAAGAUAGCAACAGUGUCAUAAAAUCACUCACAUUCUAUACCAAUAAAGGAAAAUAUGGACCAUUUGGAGAAGAAGUAGGGACGUUUUUCACUUCUUCAAAUACUGAAGGAAAGAUUGUCGGGUUCCAUGGAAGGAGUGGCUGUUACUUGAAUGCAAUCGGAGUUCAUAUGCAGCAAUGGUCGGGUGAUCCAAGCUAUGUAGGUUCUGUUAAAACUAUUUUGAAUAAGCUGUUCAAUUAAGCUAAUAUGACUUUCUUGGGGUUCAUAUUUAUUUAGUUUGUAUAUGUAACUAACCUUUAUUACUAGUGUAUGAAUAACCGAUGCUAUUCAAAAGUUAUAAUUUUAUCUUGAUUUUUUAGUAAA